AUGCAGCUCGGCUUAGCUGAUGGCUAUUGGAGACAGUUGAGCUGGUAACAUAUCUCCAAGGCUAAAAUACGCACUUGAGAGACAGCGACUCUUGAGGACAAUGGACUGGCACAGCAGGGUACCAACGGUGAAAAGGAAACAUUGCGCCCGAAAACAGAAAAAGGGGAAACGGGCGGGCCUGUUGACCCAGAUGAUGCCAAGGAAGCCGCUAAUUCCGACUCCCUUUCUGGCCAAUGAAAUGGCUGAGCAAACAUUUUUACGCAGCGCUAUCAGUGAAGUGUUGCCCGAUCUUGCAGAGGCUUCAAAAGACAUUCUCGAAGAGACUUUACAGUCAAUUGGAGUAGAAACGUAUGAUGACUUCCAGUUCAUUGUUGAGGAAGACUUGCUGUCAGCAUUAAGACCAAUUCAAGCCAGAAAGGCACUUGCUGCUUGGAAAUUCAGAAGCCGGACCCCUGAAACCAGCAGGUCCUCAAGUAAUGCAUCACCAGAUACUCCUCCAUCACAGCCGUCUUUGUCCCCGCUAAGUGUGUCAUCAAACUCCUCCAGCAGCAACCAGACAUCUGCAGCAGACUGGAUGGACACCUUUGAGAUACCAUGGGAAAAGUUCUCAGAAGAACUGAUGCAGGCAUUAGAGAGAGGUAAACGGCCAAGUCCAAAAAUGAGGAAGGAGAUGGUCAGGAUUGUGGUGUCUGAAAUGAUGCGAAAAAGUUCUUACUUGGGUAAAAGGAGUUCUACAGAGGUUGCAAAGAAGAUGGUGGCAAAAUAUCCAAAAUCUCUACAAGAUGUUAUCGAUGGAGAUGUCAUUGGCCCUGGCUAUCAUUCACUCAAACAACUUCAAUAUCGAAUUGAGAACGUGAAGCGAUCUACAAUGCCUAAAAUAAGAAAGAACAGAGAGCUGCAAUUCAGGACACCUAUGGGUGUAUCAACUGGAAUGUAA